AUGGUGGCCAUAGAGAACUGUCUUUUCUCCAUCAACCUCAGACCAGCUUCUCACCAUGUGUAUCUGAAGAAAAAUGGCAGAAAAUGUGUUACCACCACAUUGGCUAAAAGGAAGGAUUUGUCUGAGAAUUCAAGAUCCCAGGAACAGCCUAUUUUUCCUUUGAGGGUUCCAAAGAAAAUUAUUUCUCUGUCUGUCGUUGCUGUUUCUGGACUUGGAUUCAUCGAUGCUGGGUAUAGUGGAGAUUGGUCAAGGAUUGGAGUGAUCUCAAAGGAGAGUGAAGACUUGCUUAAAGUUGGAGCCUUUGUGGUUGUUCCUUUGUGUAUCUUUCUUAUAUUUUCAAUCUUAAAGGAAGAAUAG